CAAGCCGCAACUGGUUUAACUACCUUUUCAAUCUUCUGGUCAUACGUCUGUCCUGUGUUAGGAGGCAUAGUUGUAGAUACCAAAGGCAGAUAUAAAACAAUUAUGGCUUCAUCUUUGAGCCAUUCCGUUGGUUUAAUAAUCCUCACCCUAACUUCAAUACCGAAAGCUAUAGAUGAUCCUACUACUCCUUUGGCCGGUUGGAUUACUGCGACUAUCUUGAUUGGAUUGGGUACUGGUGGUAUAAAAGCAAUAUCAGCGUAUUGUUAGGCGAGAAAGUCAUCGUUGAUCCAGACGUUACAAUUCAGAGACUUAUGACUUGGUUCUAUUGGAGUAUAAAUGUUGGUUAGUCCAGCAGUUGAAAAGAAGCAUUCUUUCUGGUUAGCCUAUCUAAUUCCGACGAUAGUGUUUGCAUUGGUUCCAAUAUUAUUAUUUUCAUUACGAAACAAGUUAGUCCACACACCUCCACGUGGUAGUAUUUUAUUAGAAGUAUCGCGGUUGUUGAGGAUAGUGUGGUCAAACAUUUUCUCAAUUAAUCCACUUAGAUGGGUACACAAUCUCAAAAAAUUCUCAUUCUAGUUGGGAUGCAGCUGAGCCUAGUGUAUAUGAAGAGAAAUAUGGCAAUAUUUCCAAAUUAAUCACGUGGGAUGACGCUUUCGUUUUGGAAGUCAAGAGAGGUUGGUCAGCAUGUAAAAUGUUCUUUUGUUUGAUCUUUUACUACAUAUCACAGAAUCAACCUUCAAAUAAUCUUGUCUCACUUUCAACAACAAUGCGGUCAGGCAGCAUUCCUCCAUUAGUCGUGAAAAUUAUAGAUCCAAUUAUGAUAUUGGCUACGAUACCUUCUUGGAUUUUAUAAUAUACCCAUUACUUAGAAGGAAAGGUAUAAGAUACGGACCCGUAGUCAGGAUAGCAACAGGUUUCAUUUUCGCUUCACUAUCAAUGGUCUACGCUGCUUGCAUUCAACAUCACGUAUAUAUCAUCAGUCCAUGUGGUGAUCAGGCUACCACAUGUGAUGUUAAGCUCCACAAAACCUUUGGUUGUGUUUCGUUCGGGUUUUUCAAUGCUUUGUUAAGUUUGCUUAUAGAUUGUCGCUCCGACUUACGCUUUGGUGGCCUUUUCAGAGGUAUACUUGGACCAGUUACUGCAUAUGAAUUAACUCUGAAAAAAGCACCUGUCCAAUUACGCGCUUUUGUCAUCUCUAUUUUCCUGUUACAGACAGCAUUUGAGUUGUCAAUUAGUUUUAACACAUGUCAUUUGCUAAAGUUCUUAAAAGGCUAGUGCUAUUAACGAAACACGGGUAAGCGUAAGUGAGGAUCCACAUUUGGUUUGGAUGAAUGCUAGUCUCGCUAUCGUUACUUUUGUAGCUGGGCUACUUUUUUAUGCCAUGUUUUUCAAAAGAGACAGAAGCGAGGAGGCUGAAAAUGCUGUUGGAAAAGACAGACAGGAAAAUUAUUGAGUUUUGUAGAUUUUAUGUCAUUUCAUUGAUUUUCUCUCUUCGUUUAAGGUAGUAAGAUACAGCUUGAGAAAAAAAUAAUUCGUGAGUGGCUAAAAGUUCUAGGCUAAAGUAUGCUUAGAAGUUACUUCAUGUCACCAAGACAUACUGAAAUUGGUCAAAAGUUUGUCUUGAAUUUCUGGCUGUAGAAACGGAAACUACUAUGAUACGGUGCUGUUGAAGAGCUAUGCACAUGAUUAAAAUAGCAUUGGGUUGCAAAUAGCUAUCAUGUGUGGUUGUUUAGCUAACGAUGGCACUUUGAAUAUGUAGCAAAUUCCAAGCCUCUAAACGCACAGUAGCAGUAAGCAUCAGAUUAAACGACUGAAGUCACAUAAUGAAGUUCAUAACUUGGAGGUUAAUAUUGUAGCCCCUUUACUUCAGGUUGAGAUAGUACACGAUAGCAGGAAAGUGAUAUUGUAGAUCAAUGUAAAUUGAUGCUAUGAGUGAACUACGCAAUAUAUGUGCGAAACAUUAUAAAAUGACGGGGGUAAAACACUGAUCAACGACAAUAUUAAAGAGUCGCAUGUCAUGUCAUAUUAUGCGUGCACAAUUGCGUACAGAUCGAAGAGCUUGCAUAGUAAUCUAUUUUUUUUUCUUCAGGUUAGCCAUCCUUUAUAUCUGUCCCAGAGUUUGUAUCAUACCUAAUCCGUCAUCAUCCUAACGAUCAUCCCAACGAUCAUCAGGAUGUCAACAAUAUUCAUUAAACCUCAAGAACUCGAACAUUACAAAUCCACAACUAUUUUAAUUGAUGUCACAUGGCAUAUGCCAAAUGCUAAUAGGGAUGCUAACGAAGAAUUCAAUCAAAAGCGUAUACCAGGUGCAAGAAGGUUAGAUAUUAAUGCAAUUUCCCCAAAAACUAGUGGUGCUUAUCAAGGAAAGCUCCCUGAUGCCUCGACGUUUGCAAAAGCUUGCUCGGAAUUGGGUAUCAAGAGUCUCGAAGAUAUCAUCAUUUUAUAUGACACACAAGGACUAUUUUCAGUGCCUAGAGCCGCAUUUACAUUCUUAGUAUAUGGCUUUAAAAAUAUUAAAAUCCUUGAAGGUGGUCUGCCUCGAUACGAGAGAGUUGGCCUUGAGUUAGAAACUAGCACACCUUCCGCACACCAACCAAGUGACUUUAAUAGAGUGCAUUUAGAUGUCUCACAGGUAAAGAAGUACGAGGACAUUAUUGGAGCCAUCAAAGAUCCUUCAAAUCAAGUUAUUGUUGACGCUCGUCCAUCGCAACUCUUCAAAGACGGCCAUAUGCCGGGUGCCAAAUCACUACCAUUUAACCAAUUAAUUGAGAGCGACAGUGACAGUUUCAAAGACCACGAUCAGCUCAGGAAGAUCUUCGAACAGUCACUUGGUGGUCCUGAACAAUUUGAGAAAGUCGUGAAAGGGGAUGUAAGGGUGAUUAAUUCCUGUAUGGCAGGAAUAACUGCCAGUAUUGUUUGGCUAGCACUCUUUGUCCUUGGAGUUAGAAGUAGCGUUUACGAUGCGAGCUGGUUGGGAUAUUCUUCUCAUCCUAAUGCAGAUAUUGUGAAAGAGUGAAGUCUUCUGCAAUUCACGAACGAAGAUAACUACAUAUUGACUGCAUUCAUUGGUGGGCCUAUGAUGUUUUACAUUUGACUUUUGUAACGACACUUCUAUGUAUAAUUUUGAACUAGAUAUGCUAAAUGGUUUAUCACUCUAUAAGUGAAUAAUUAAUACUCUUUGCUUGCUUAAUAGCUUCAUGGGAUUCAAUGGUUUUUCGCAAUGUUUAACGAGACAUCAGUCACAUUGCGGACUUCACUCAGCUAGACUUUUUGUUCUCGUUUUCUUUUUCCUCUUGAGAAAGGAGACGUCCUUUGAUCUCUUUUUCUUUGCGCUCACUCCACCUACUGGCAAAUAAGUCAUGCUUACCAUAAAAUAAACAAGACACCUUGACGAGUUCUUCACAAACAUCCACAACUCUGUCACGAUUACUUAUAGGUAGAAAACGACCUUCUGGUGAGAACGCAGUCCAGGCUUUCGGUACUGAGCUUUGAUUAGGUAUUGUGUGCAUUCUCAUCCACCUUCCUAGUAAUCUGAGUGUGUUCACGGCGUUAAAAGAUUGAGAACCCCCGUUAACUUGAGCGACGGCCAAAAUUUUACCCUGAGUAGGACGGAUAGAUCCAAGCGAUAGCGGAAUAUGAUCAAUCUGUGUCUUCAUAAUGCCAGUGAUCGCCCCGUGCUGUUCUGGUGAUACCCAAAAGUUGGCUUCACUCCAAGAUACAAGUUGACGAAGUUCUUGGACUUUGGGGUGAUAUUCCGAACUAUCAUCUUUCAGAGGCAGACCGUCUGGAUUGAAAACUCUAACGUCUACGCCUAUGUGAUGAAGGAUUCUCGCGAUUUCAAAUGAGAGUAGUUGCGAAUAUGACCUUUGACGCAGACUUCCGUAUAAAAUCAGAACUUUUAGCUUAUUUGGUAAUGCUGCAUGCAUCAAGCGUGCGUCUCGUAGCUCGUCCCUGCCGCUCUCAUUGGCAAUAUCAAACGUCCAGUCAUCCGGGACUAGUUGCUUUCCAGGGUGAUUUAAUCCGGCAAGAUAUGGUUGAUAUUUUGUUAUGGUUGACGACAUUCGUCUGAUCAUGGUACACUUUCAACAACCAACAACGUUGAUAAAAAAUGCCAAGUCAUCCCAUUGAUUCAGAUAGCUGGUAGCAAGUAUACGGUCAGCCAACAAUCGAAGUACAAGAUAUCUCAGUUGAUCAACUUGCUGAACUUUACUCGACAAGAACUGCGGGGCAAGACUUUGUUGUUGUUGACGUUAGGAGAUCUGAUAUGACCGAUAUGAUACCAGGUGCUAUCAACUUACCAGCUGACUCUUUAUCUCUUACGCUGCCUAGCCUUUUACCCUCACUUAACCACGUUAGGAAGUUCAUCUUUCACUAACUCAUCUAAGGGUCGUGGUCCGAGAGCAGCUGGCUGGUUUGCAGAGACAUUGAAUGAAUACUUGAACACCGAUGAAGGCUUGCGCGAUUGUGUGUACGCUUUAACAGGCGGUAUUAAAGCUUGGAAGGAGAAGUUUGGUAGUUGUUCACUAGAAGAUCGCGGUAAACGUUGGGAUGACAAGUCAUGGUCGACAAUUGAAUUGUAAAUGUAUAACAAGUCAACUAUUAUUAUCC